AUGCCGACAAAGGGUGCCGACGACACCGCCAUGCCCGAAGCUCAAGGUUUGAAAUACGACGAGUCGGAGAUGGCCUUGUUUCACGCGAAGCUGUCAUAUCACGCGACUAUCGAUCAACGCAUGGAGUCUCAUGAUAGUAACUUGGCGGCAAUAACCGAUGCUCAGGGCAAGCUGCUUAAGCGAUGGGAAUUGUUGCGGCAGACGGAGAAGGAGCUGGUAGAACAAGGGAAAAGUCUUACGCCUUCUGAUAAAAGUUUAUUGGCGCAGUUGGCAUGGCGAUAUAAAGAGCUGGAGAAAAAAGCAGCGACCAACGAUUCUUGA